AUGGAUCAUACUGCACCCGGUCAUCAGUUGCAACAGCAUCCCAAGCCUCCUACGACUAUCUCUUCGAUGUUGAAUGAGCCGACUGUGGUUAGGGAAGCAAGUAGCGCAGACUCGGCAUACGCAUCGCAAAAUAAUUCCAAACAUUCAAGCCUCUCGAACACAACCUCUCAUUGCGACAAGACCCCAUCCCCCGUAGUCCACCACAUGUCGACCCACCCUCUGAACUCGCCAGUAGGCGCGAUGAGCGUUGCUUCGAUUGUGUCGCCAACCGUGCCAGAAGGCCAUGAUCAGAACCCAAACAAUCGAUUGAGCGUACAGACCAUCGACUCGGCUUUACACAACGGCAGCAUCUCGAUUAAUGGAGAUUCCCGCCGUGAAUCCGUCGACAGUCGUCUGGGGGCAAAUUUUGGCGAUAUGCGCCUUGGUGCAUCCCCUUAUACUUCCAAUAAUCAGAGCACGACGUCUCUGCAGAGCUCAUUGGCUCAGCAAAGAAACCCGGGCGCAACAGAAAGACCGGUACCAGGCUUUCGGUACUCGGAUGGGUUCUCUCCUCGGUCUUCGCGUUUCUCAGAGAGAAGUGACCCACUGUCGCCAGCCAAGGGAAUUCUGACUUCAAAAACCGCACCUCCGAUCCAUGGGCCCACGGCUAGAGAAAUCGCUGAAGCACCAAACGCAAUUCCUGGUCAAGCAUGGGCAUUGGAUUACAAUACUGGCCCCGAGGAAAACCCAGAACCAAGCAGACAGGGAACAUCGUUUUUCCACGACGAUUCCCGACGUAACUCUUUUGCUGAUUCUAUCGCGAGCAGUGCGUACACGACGGAGUCACGCUUACCACAGGGGCAGAGACGUUUUGACGAGCAGGGAGAGGCCUUGAACAGACUUUCUCGGGCGUCUUCAGAACUCCAUGUCUCUACUCACCACCACAGUCUGCAACACAGACAUGUUUCUGAACUAUCAGGGGAUGCUGGUACAUCACCAGGCGGUAGCCAGCCAUACUCCCGUACCCCAGAGCUAAGGGUUUCCCAUAAGCUUGCUGAGCGUAAACGUCGGACCGAAAUGAAAGAUCUUUUUGAUCAACUCCGAGACCUUAUGCCACAAGAGCGAGGCUCAAAAGCCUCUAAAUGGGAGAUCUUGACUAAGGCUAUAUCGGAGUAUGGCCGCGCCAUGAACGACAUCACACGCCUCUCUUCGCGAGUGCGGUCGUUGGAGGCCGAACUUGAGACCUCGCGCCGCGAGUCUGCAGCCUUGCGAUUAGAGAACAGUCAGCUACGCCAAGAGCUCGCUGCCUUCGCUGGUCCUCAUCGGCCUACACACUCGUCACACUCUGCCCAACCUCCCAUGUCCUCCGAGUACCCAUCUAUGAGGUCAAAUGUUUAUGGUUCAAACCCAAUGGAUCAAAACCCUCGCCAUGAGAACUACGUGAUCAGAUCGGCGGAACAACUACCACCGAUUCGAAACGCUAUCAACGGCCAUCCGCAAGGCCCGGAAGCAAUGAGCGGAGUUCAAUACCAAACGGGCUUCCGUGCUGGUCCCGAGCAUUUCUAA